AUGGACAUGGGUGGAUACUGGAACGAAAAUCUCGCUAAGCCGCUGAAUCAGCCAUACAAAUGUCGCCGUAGAUAUACUAUUGAUACAGCCAGCCGUCAAAAGUCUGGUUCGCCAAGCCACCAACACCAAAACGCGCGAUGCACGCGUCAAUCAACUACCACCCACGCAACCAUGCAGCGCCGUUCUUUUGGCCAAGAGAUAAGCGCAAAUUGUUAG